AUGGAUGGAUGGAUGGAUGGAUGGAUGGAUGGAUGGAUGGAUGGAUGGAUGGAUGGAUGGCCGUGAGGAGUUCCGGGACAUUUCCCAGUAGGCGGGCUGUUGGCCCCCUCAGAACCGUUGUGGGGUUCUGACCCAAAGGUUCGGUUUUGGUCGGCCUCCAUAAAACAAUCCAUUCUGCUCGUGUGUCUCACUCUGGUAUCUGCUGACUGAAACUCCCAGGUUACAUUUGAAAAGGAAAAACAGACGCAGCAGGUUGUUCACGUUGUGAUCUUCCCCAGGUUCUGGUACUGGUAUCACUGGAGCCGGUUUCCAACUGUUAGCUAAUGUUCCACAUUCCCACACUUUAUUAUACAAGUCAGUUUCAAUUCAGUUCAGUUUGUUUGUGUUGCACCAAUUCACAACAAAUGUCGCACCAAGGAACUUUACAAAAUAAAUGAUUUAAAUUCAGUCUCACAUUCCAACUGAUCGUAGUUAUACAGUACAGUACGCUCAAUGAAUUAUGCUAAAUGGUUUAAAAGUUUAUAUGUAAGGAAAUUAAAAAUCCAGUAAGAUUAACUUUAGAUGUUACCUAAGUUCACUUAUAUCAGAUUUAAUCAAUUCCUGGAGUUGACAUCUUAAUCUUUCUUAAAGAAUGUUGUAACAAUUCAUAAUAAUGACAUUAUUUCUCUUAGUGUUGUAUUAUUUACUCAAUUUUUAAUAAAGAUGCAACUCUAAACUGCUCACUAAUAUUAUUUGUACAAUGUAGUUUGUAAAAUGUCUGUGCAAACAUUGUAGUUUUUUCUUCAUUACAGGACAACCAACCUCUCUGUUUAUAUCACUCAUUUGGUUAAUCCUCCUCCAGACUCUCCCUCAGGCUGACACUCCUCUCUUCUCUCUGCUAUGAGACGCACCUUAAAGCUGGGAGGAACCACCAGCUGAAGGUAGAAGCUGAUUGGCUGCAGCCAGUGAAUCAUAGAUCAAAGUUCAAUCCGGUUUCUGUUUUCAGGAAAUUAAACUCACACAGUCACUGAGACUGAGAGCCACAAUGGAGCACAAUCAGCUGGAUCAAGAAACUUUCUGCUGUUCGAUCUGUUUGGAUCUACUUAAGGAUCCAGUGGCGAUUCCCUGUGGACACAGCUACUGUAUGAACUGUAUCAAAACCCACUGGGAUGGAGAAGAUCAGAAACGAGUCCACAGCUGCCCUCAGUGCAGGGAGACAUUCACACCAAGGCCUGUGCUAAAGAGGAACACCAUGCUAGCAGCUAUAUUGGAGCAAAUGAAGAAGACUGGAUUUCAAGCUGCUCCGGCUGAUCACUGCUAUGCUGGACCUGAAGAUGUGGCCUGUGAUUUCUGCACUGGGAGAAAACUGAAAGCCAUCAAGUCCUGUUUAGUCUGUCUGGCCUCUUAYUGUGAGAAACACCUUCARCCUCAUCAUGAYGUGGCUSCUUUAAAGAAACACAAGCUGGUGGAGMCGUCCAASAACCUCMAGGAGAACAUCUGCUCUMAGCAUGAURAGKUGWUGRAGAUSUUCUGCCGCACUGAUCAGAAGUCUAUCUGUUAUCUCUGCUCUGUGGAKGAACAUAAAGGCCAUGACACAGUGUCAGCUGCAGCAGAAAGGACUGAGAGGCAGAGAGAGCUGGAGGAGAGACGAGGAAACAUCCAGCAGAGAAUCCAGGACAGAGAGAAAGAUGUGAAGCUGCUUCAACAGGAGGUGGAGGCCAUCAAUCACUCUGCUGAUAAAACAGUGGAGGACAGUGAGAAGAUCUUCACUGAGCUGAUCCGUCUCUUCCAGAAAAGAAGCUCUGAUGUGAAGCAGCAGAUCAGAUCCCAGCAGGAAACUGAAGUGAGUCGAGUCAAAGAUGUUCAGGAGAAGCUGGAGCAGGAGAUCAGUGAGCUGAAGAGGAAAGACGCUGAGCUGGAGCAGCUCUCACACACAGAGGAUCACAACCAGUUUCUCCUCAACUACCCCUCACUGCCAGCACUCAGGGAGUCGACACACUCAUCCAGCAUCAACAUCCGUCCUCUGAGACACUUUGAGGACGUGACAGCAGCUGUGUCAGAGCUCAGAGACAAACUACAGGACGUCCUGAGAGACUCGUGGACAAACAUCUCACUGAUGGUCACUGAGGUGGAUGUUCUACUGUCAGAACCAGAACCAAAGAGCAGAGAUGGAUUCUUAAAAUGUUUAUGUGAAAUCACUCUGGAUCCAAACACAGCUCACACAUGGCUGGUUUUAUCAGAGGGGAACAGGAAGGUGACAAAUAAGGGUAAAUCUCAGUUUUAUUCUAAACAUCCAGACAGAUUCACUGAUUACUGGCAGGUUCUGAGCAGAGAGAGUCUGACUGGACGUUGUUACUGGGAGGUGGGGUGGAGCGGGUUAUAUGUUCGUGUAGCAGUCGCAUACAAGAACAUCUGCAGAGCAGGAGGUGAGAACGAAUGUUUAUUUGGAUAUAAUGACAAAUCUUGGGCUUUAGAUUGCUCCAAUUCUAGUUUUGGUCACAACAACAUCUGGACCUCCGUCUCAGGUCCAGUUUCCUCCAGAGUCGGAGUGUACCUGGACCACAGAGCAGGUAUUCUGUCCUUCUACAGCAUCUCUGAAUCUAUGACUCUGAUCCACAGAGUCCAGACCAGAUUCACCCAGCCUCUACUGGCUGGAAUCAGGGUUGGUUAUGGAGGUUCUGCAGAGUUCUGUAAACCCAACUAGAGUUUCUCUCUGAUUGUCGGUCAGGGUUAAUUGCUGUUCUGUUUUUUAUUUCUCUGGUUUGAACCUAUUUCUCUGUGUUCCAGGAAAUCACUGCUGAUAUUUUCUCUCAUUCUUAUUUAUCACAUAAAUUUUCUCCUCAUGAAAAUCUAAACUCCUCUGAGCUCUAAGUUUUACUUAAAUAUUCGCAUUGAUGUAUUUGUUGACGUUAUUUUUGCGUAAAUCAGCUGAUAUUGACUGUGAUAUUGAACUGAUUUUGCUUCUGUUUUCUUUAUUGUGACUCAAAGAAGAAACUGAAACAAACAUCAACUUAGAUCUGAUGCUGUUUUAUUCUAAAGUCUUUGGAUUUAGAUUAGAAGAAUAUGGGUGCUGCUCUGUCUCUUUAGUUUUCUUGAAUAUAACUUAAUUACAAAUACAUUUUGAUGUACUUCUCUUCAUUUUUGUCGUCUAAAGUGCAGAAACAGGUGAUGCUGGAGAAGCAAAGAUCCACAUCUAAUGGAAAGUUGUGCCAGUCUAUGCCGGGAUGGAUGGAUGAUUGGAUGUAUGACUGCAUGAAUGUAUUAAUGGAUGGAUGAGAGACGACUGGUUGGUUGGUUGGUUGGUUGGAUGGUUGAUGG